UUCCAGCCAUCGUCUCUUCAGCUACUCCCCCUGCUCUUCGGCUUUUCCCCGGCCGAUCCUGCUUCCUCCAAUUACAAACUCAAAUCAGAAAAAUACCAAACAUCGCAAACAUCAAGUUUCGGACCGCGUUCCGUCGCUUCCUCUCCCACACCUGCCAUGUCGUUAUGUUCGAGAGAGAAGCCAGAGAAAGGGAAGUGAGGAGCUCUUUCCAGCCAUCGCCGCCGCCUUCAAAUCCCUUCCGUCAAUCAGCAUGUAUGGCUACGAUAUCUCGUCGGCACCUUCCCCACGACAAGCUGCCCUUUCAGAGCGACCUCGCUUCCUCAACUCUCUCCAUUUGGAAGCUAUCAAGAGAUCUUGAAUCCAAAUCGAUGACGUUGAAGGAGAAGGCGACGGUGGCUGUGGAAGCUAUCACCGCCGAUUCGGACAACGGCUGAGCUAAUUCUGCCUAUGGUGGUGUGGUGAUGUUGAUUGAGGCAUGCCGAUCAGGAGAUCUGGCUACGCAACCACUCCCACCAUUCAUCUUCCCUUGACUCCGAAACCGAAGCUCACCGUCACCGCCAGAUUCCCGAAGCUCACAGUCACCAUCGUCCACAAUCGCUAGCUUUUGUAUUGGGGAUGAGCGGAGGAGACGCGAGGCAGAGGAGGAAAGCGGCAAGGGGUAUAGGUGAUAGAGAGGGGGAGAGAAGGUGGGAGCUGGGAGUCGAUUUGCCCCUUCCAUUUUCCGCUUUCUUGUUUCGUUUUCCUCCCGGAUCUAGCCUGAUUUCGAACUGAACUUGUUCUUCUUCUUCUUCUUCCCCUGAUUUCGAACAACUCACUGCGGUCGGUGCUGAAUCUCGCUCCUUCUGGCACAUGUGGUGGUGGGGAAUGGAUCAGUGCCUGGGGUGAUGACGAUUAACCGGCUAUGGAGGGGAAUGGUGACGAGUUUGGUGGCGAAUCGGUAGAGAUGAAUACGGCACCUUUCAAGGACCUAUCAGAGGGAGUCGAGGAAUCGCCAACAACAAGCACCUGCCAUCCCGAUCUUGACGAGCUGUUUGAGCGAAUCCCAAGGGUAAUAGAGAUUUGGCUGGGGAGAAUCGGUGGCUGGAAAUUGUGUGGUGAAAGGCGGUGGUAGGCAGUUGCGAUUUCGCUGGAGAGAAUCCCAAAUCAAUUUGUUUACUGUUUUUCUUUUUUUUUCUUUUUUCUUAUAUGAAAAAUAAUUAUAAAUUAAUAGUAAAAGUUCCACGUCAGAUGACACAUAAGCGCUGACUAGACUUUAUGUUAAAAACUAACGAUCAAUGCUAGUCAACUCUAACGGAAAAAUAGUUUAGGACACAAAUGUCAUAUUGAAUACUUUAAGGACACAAAUGACACAAAAUUAAUAGUUCGGGUUUUCCAGUGGUAUUAGCCUAUUUAAUAAACAUGGUUAAGUUGGCCUUAUAAAUCACUACCACUCUUUGAAAAUAACUAAUAUGGUAUUGAGUGAUUUUUUAGUGGUAAACACAUAUACAUGCCCACCAGCAAUGAACGACCAUACUACAUGAAACCAUACAUGUUUCUCUCAUACAAGACAAUUAAAUCUCUCGCGAAGCUGUUACUCCCCACCGACGGAGAGAGAAAUUACAAUCGUCACAUUGAAAAUUAAGCUUCAAAAUCUUUUUGUUGACAGACGAGCGAAAUCACAAAUCCACCAUGCCAGCCAUCAUUCCGAGCGCAUAUGCAUAGUGUUCGGCGUCAGCACUACUGACACCCAUCUGUUCACCCAUUUUAUAUAUGAUAGUUGAUACAAUGACAUUUACUGUUGUGGGUUUUUCGUCAAUCGUAAUUUUGGGUUUGUAGCUUUCAAUUUCUGCCUUUAUUUCGAUCACUUUGAUUGAACUCUUUAUUUGCUGCCCAUUAGUUUAACUUGCCUUUAGAGACUUUCAGGCAUAGACAACAUUAGUGCCACAAUGACUUAUAUAUGACAUGAAAUUCGAAUCAUGAGUUAGUUUGUUUUUUUAUUUACGUCGCGUUCUUCCAAACAUAUCAUAUAUAUUUACUAAUUCUCCCAUUUAAUGAGUUAACAAGGAUGCUACCUUUAGAAAGUCUUUGUUUAUCAAUUUUAGUGGGACGGGAUACGGUGACAACCCUCUUGGGGGUUGUCAGAUUCACAACCAAGAGUAUUUUGGGUAUGAGAAAAAGGAAUAUAUUAAUUACCUUAUUUGUAUUAAUUAUAUUGGGAAUUAAAAAUCCAUAUUAAAUACAAUUUUUUUUC